AUGGCUGCUGCACGCCACUGCCUCUCCCUGCUCUUCCUGUCCACGUGUGUGGCUCUGUUGCUGCAGCCACCGCUGGGUGUCUCGGGGGCCCCACUGGAGCCAGAGUACCCAGGGGACAACGCCACACCAGAGCAGUUGGCCCAGUAUGCGGCCGAGCUCCGCAGAUACAUCAACAUGCUGACCAGGCCCAGAUACGGGAAAAGAGACCAAGAAGAAACGCCGCUGAACUUCUUGGAGUGGGGAGCCCCAGACAAAGUUGCCCCCAGGGAGCUCACCCAGAUGGACGUGUAA